UUAUUCUAUAUCUGUGCUUCCUGUGGGGUGUAAGUCAACCUUGAUUGAUACCAUGUUCAGAUUAGCUUAUGGAAAACAUAUAAGAUACCUAAUGCUCAGUUCGUCGUAUUGAGCAAGGGUGAAAGGGAGAUGCAGUGUUUCACCCGGAAAGAGAAGCGGCCCAGAACCGUGCAAGGCUGCGAGUUCAAAGCGCCCCCUAGCGUCUUCUACCACACGCGGCCCAGGUGGAGCGCGACCCCGGACUGGGCAGGUCGCCCAAGCGCCCCGGACGCUGUUCCUCUACGACCCUAUGUGAACAGACCUGAGAUGUUGUACAACCCCUUGUGUGGCCUGUACCGAGAGAAACGGAUGCCGGAAAUGUUGCGUCACAUCAAUGUUGUGAACUGGAGCACCGGCAGAGACGCACACAUUGCUCCGCCAAGAACCAGACCUUUCAGCGAAACGCUCAGACACGAUACUUCAACCGUCACCAGAUCAACGUACGUGAAUCAUGGACACCAGCCGAUAGAGCCGCCCUAUACAGUGGACAACGAAGUGUCAUCUGGAGUCUUACCCAAGCUGUACAGCGUCCCCAAGUACCGGCCUGUGGGGGAGGGCCUCUACGUCAGAGUCUGUGACCCCGUCUGUCACACCGUGAAGCCGAAGACCCCAGAAGCAGAAAACAGGAAAGGUCGAGGGUCAACUGUUGUACUUCCGCCUGCUCCCUCGCCAUCGGCUUGUCGUCGCCCGUGAAUUUGAUGCACCGUGCCUUUAAUUUUAGCUGGCACUUGUAUGACCUAUUUGUGAUGCAAGUGAUGUAAAACUUUUACUAAAACUACUAAAAACUCGGAGAUCAGAGAAAAGGAAUAGAAGGCGCUACGGACUGCAGUACUGAAACAUAUCUUUUUCAGAAUCAAUAAUGUAUUAUU